AUGGAUCCGUGUGAGGUUCCAGAGGAGGAAGCGCCUCUCCCUAAAAAGUCUCUGUGUGAGGACAGUGAAGCUCUGUGGUGAGAUGGAGAUCCUCAUUGUGUGUGCACUAACUGUAAAAUGUGUUAUAGUCAGUGAUGAUCUCAGCAGUGGAUCUCAAGUCCAGUCCUCAAGGCCCACUGUCCUGCAUGUUUUGGAUGUUUCCCUGCUCCAGCACACCUGAUUCAAAUGAUCAGCUCGUUAUUAAGCCAAUACAGAGCUUGAUAACGAGCUGAUAAUUUGAAUCAGGUGUGUUGGAGCAGGGAAACAUCCAAAACAUGCAGCACAGUGGGCCUCAAGGACUGGACUUGAGAACCACUGGUUUAGAGGAUCCCGGCCAUGACAGAGCUUGAUACUAGGGACUCUGACUCUGCUAGUCUUCAUGGAUUACAGUACCAGCCUUGGUAACAUUUGCUGCUGAAAUACAAACACUCAGAGUCUUUAAUCAUGUUGUUUUAUCAGGAUCCAGCAGCAGAGGGCAGACUCUCCUGAUCCCAGAGCUGUGUCCAUGAAGAGUGACACAUCUAAAGAACACCUGGAUAUUUUCUUUAAGAGAGGACAGUCUGCUGAGGAGAGGUAAGACCUUCUGCCAUGAGCACAGUGGAAAAGUCUGCUACUAAACAGUGAUGUGUUCAUGACAUAGGGGGUUUGUGUUUCUCUGAGCUUCAGGUUUUAAAUGGUUUACUAAACAUGUCUGUUGACUGUAAAUGUUGUUUUAUCAGGAUCCAGCAGCAGAGUGCAGACUCUCCUGAUCCGAGCUGUUUGUCCUUGAAGAGUGACACAUCCAGAGAACACCCAGAUGUCUUCUUCAAGAGAGGACAGUCUCCUGAGGAGAGGUAAGACCUUCUGCCACGACCGAAGUGGAAAUGUGUGCUCCCAAACAGUGAUGUGUUCAUGACAUAGGGGGUUUGUGUUUCUCUGAGCUGCAGGUUUUAAAUGAUUUACUAUUUCAGAGAUCCAUCAGCAGCUCAAUAAAUAUUGUGAAAUAUGAUUUGACUUUAUUUUAUUAUUAUCUAAUAUUUCACUUUAUGACAAACAAUGAUACUUGUGAUAAUUUUUAUAGGUGGUGUUAGUGUUGUAUAAACUUUAAUCUGUCCAAUUGUAACAGUCAUAUGACUUUUGUGUGUGUGUGUAUGUGUUAUAGGUCCACAGCUCCCUGCCCACACCUUCAUCUGCUCUCUUUGUGGAACCUUCUGUCCAGACUCAGCAUUCCUGGAGGAGCACAUUAAACUGAUACACCUAGACUCUGCUGAAGCUCUGCAGGCGCUGCAGUCCACUGGUCCUGCCAUCCCUUCAGUCACUGAGAGCAGUGGUGAGUCCAGGAGAGGCCGUGAAGGACAGAGUGAGGCUGCAGUAGGAGAUGGGUCUCGAGGGGGGCCAGGGCCUGUGAGGAGAGAGGUGAAGAUGGAUGGGGGGUAUGAGUGUGGGGACUGUGGGCGUCACUUUAACUACCUGGGGAACCUGCGGCAGCACCAGCGAAUUCACACCGGGGAGAAGCCCUUCAUGUGCCCGGAGUGCGGGGAGCGCUUCAGACACGCUGCCCGCCUAAAGAGCCACCGCCUGGUUCACAGUGGUGCCCAAAGCCCCUUUCCCUGCCCACAGUGUGGGAAAGGCUUCUCCGUGCUGUCUGGACUAAAGAGACACCAGCGUGUCCACACUGGGGAGAGUCCCUACGCCUGCCCCCAGUGUGGACGCCGCUUUAAAGAGCUGGGAAACCUGUACACCCAUCAGAGGAUCCACAGCGGGGCUACGCCCUACAGCUGCCACACCUGUGGACGCAGCUUCAGACACCUGGGGACCUACAAGAGCCACCGCUGCACCCCAAAUCAAUGACCAAUAGAUCCCUAACCAGUAACCCUGCAGACCUCAACCAGUAACCCUCAGACCCUAACUGGUAACACUGACCACAAAGCAGUGAUCACAGGGCAAUAAACCAGUAUCCCACUGACUAUGACCAAGUAACACUGAAAGUGUGAACCAGUAAUCCUAAUGGUGCCCACCUAGUAACCUUGAUGAACCCUAACUGAUGGCCCCUCUAGACUCCCAAUCUGUGACACACAUCUCUCAAUCACUGAACCUUUGUGGUACAGGGUCUGAGGUGUAAAGUUAUAGGUCAGGGUGCUGGAUCGUAUGGUGGACCAGGCUGCAGUCUGAGGACAUCUCACCCAUGCAGCGUCAAACCUAGAAUUAAAAGCAUUCUUCAUCAGGAUCUCCUGGGUCAUGGAGCUGCAGAGGCUCAAACAUUCUCCGAGGAUUUUCACCUUUUCUUGUCAUCGAGAGUUCACGGUUAUUCCUGGAGGUUGAACUGUUUCCUGCCUCCCCCAGUCACAAAACUGAACUUUAUUUAUAAAAGUCCUUUCCUAAGUUUUUACUAAGUGCUUACAUGACAGUGGGGAAAACAGAGCGAGUGUCGGUGUUAUCAAGAACUGCUCACAGUGAGUUGAAACCCAUAUAAAAAUAAAGACAAAGUGUUUUUUCUGAAGGAGGAAGAGCAGCUGUGUUGCUGUGUGUUUCGGGGGGAAGAAGGAGCAGUGGUAGAGCUCCACGGUAGAAUUAACAAUUCAUGUCUUACUGUGUAUGUGCAGAGACCGAGUUCAGAUGAACCUGUUUGGAAAUGUAAACACUAAAGCAGCUUAGACAGACUCUUUCUAACUGAUGACUGCCUUAUUGUAACAUAGGACUACAACUCCCAUGAUCCCUCGCUGCAUCAUGCCCUUCUUAUCUGUAUAAUGUGUCCAUCCAUGGCCCAUUCUGACCCUCCCUGUGAUAAUGGAGAAGCAGAGGGACCUGCAGAGCGCCCCCGUGUGGACAGACUGUGUAAGUUUGUCAGUCCCUCUGCUGCUUGUGCUGCUGCAGAGUCUGGAUUUGAUCUGACACAACGAUCCCUUGUUCUGGUUUAAUCCAUGUUUGCCUGUUUGAAGACUAAAGAAAGAAACCUUUCAAGGAGUCUGACGUCUUUCAUCAGCUGAUCGGUCUGUUUCUGUUAGAUACACCACAGCUCAGUCACAGUGAUGGUGUUAGACUCAGAGGUGUACUCAGUAAUAAUGAGAAUAAGACUCAUUCAUACCUGUUUUAUCAAAAUAUUGACACAUUUGGAUUUUUAACAACUGUAUUUUCACUGUCAUGACCUGGCUCAGGUGGUGACAACAAAAAAGGGGAGACACACAUCACGUAUAAGAAUCAAAACAAAUCUUUAUUAAAUCCAAUCAAACCAAAUCAGAAUAUUUAAGACAGGUGUGUAAAUCAGUCAAAUCAGUAGUGUGUAAUGUGUGCAUGAGUGGAAGGUAGGUGUAUGUGUGCAAGGGUGUUGUACAGAGCAAACAUAAACUACAACCAAGCCAAGCCACACCAAACCAAACCCAGUCAAACCAAGUACCUGCAAAGGCGGCCAGGAGAAAGAAAAAAAGAGGGAAUUGCAAGUAACUGUGGGAGCUUAAAUACCCCCAGCAGCCAGGGCCCAGGUGUACAUAGUUACCCUGAUUGGUGUGCAGAGCGAAACCAACUAGACGCACCUCCAACAGCAGCAUGACCCACAGAGGCAUCACAGAGCUAAAAAGGUUAUAAUUUUAGAAAAUAUAUUUAGAAAGAGCUCAACCUAAACGGUUAUAAGAUAAAACCUUUAAGUUCAAACCAAGUUCAGUGAUUUUUGAUGUGUAUUCAGGUGUGUCACAGUUUGAACAGGAGUGGUUUAGAGUUAUUGUUGGUAAAGUUAAUCAUUUAAAUAAUGGAGAUAGAUUACAGUCUGUAUGAGAAAGUCAGUAUACUGAGGACUGUUCUACAUCUUUUUCUGUAUUUCAUAAUGAAUAUGUAUCCACCAUCACAAUAACAGGAGAACUUCAUUUUCACUGUCAGCCUCACUGAGAUACAUUUACUCAUUUUCAGAAAAGAUACAAACCUGCCCUGUAUAACCACAUACAGUCCAACACUGAGGACCUGCUGCAGACUACAACAGGAAAUCACAGGCCAACCACUCACAAAACACAAAGCCCUGAAAGCAAGAUUUAAAAGUGCUUCUGCUAAACCGUCUGCUUUUGUCGGAGAUCCAGAGAUGCUUUCAAGUGUUUGGGAUCUGCCAUCAGUGGUACCUCCAGGGUGUGAAAACACAAACUAAAAAUACACAGAGCUAAGCUAAGGAGUGUAAGGAGUGUCUAUGGGUGACACUGAGACAGUGAACAGACUGUGAUCAGAGUUAAGAGACCACCAGAAAAUCAGAAAAUGUCUCUAGAGAGACACUGAUGAUGUUUUUAUGAGAAAACCAGCCAUCUUUUCAGGAUAAACCAGCUCUUUUCUCUGAGACAAUGAUUUCUAACAGUUUUCCUAAGGAUAUUAAAUAAACGAAUAUAAAUUUGAUAAUUAGAUAGAUAGAUAGAUAGAUAGAUAGAUAGAUAGAUAGAUAGAUAACAAUAAAAUUACCCUUACCCUAUGGAUGUUUGUCUGUUUCGGGCCUCCGUAGAACCGCUCUGCAGAACUGUUAACCUUAAACUCUGAUAAAUGAUGACAUGGAGUGAAUUCUGUUACAUAUGAAGUAUAUUUAAAUUAGUUUAUAUUUAAUAUAAUAUCAUAAUGAUGAAGAAAAACUUGGGUCUGCACCAUCGAGUUCAUAUGCGCAGAAAGAGGCGGCGCCAGUGUCCUAUGUACCUCCUGUUGCCAUGGUGACAUUUGGGGGUAUUUCCUGUCGGUGGGAGUCUCUACUUUCACUUUCUCUGCUGCUGUGUCGCAGUUAGUCUCAGUGUUCAAGUUGAGGUAAGUUUGUCUUUUUACUGUUUCAGUGUGAUUCACUACAAUGUAAAAACCGCUGGGAGCUAACAGUCCGCCACCGGGGCCUUAAACUGCUCUCACAAAGUCUCUCCGAAGUCUCCAGACCGACGCAAGCAGACGGCAUGCUAAUGCUAUUGACAGGCAAACAGCACGCUUGCGUUGCUAAUGCUAAUGUCUGAAGCUUCUGUAUCUCUGAGGCGCACAGAGAGAGGACGCUGAGUUAUCACCUUCUCUGUCCUCUGACAUCUAAAACGCAGCUGAUACAGAAGUUAAAUCGACCUCUUUUUUUGGGGUGGAGUGGGUGGGGUAACCUGGUAACCUUUACCCGAGGUCACCCUAACUUGGGGUAACCUUGACCUGAGUCACCUUUACUCACCUGCAGGGUUGCAAGGGGGCGGAAAAUUUCCGGUAAAUUUCCAGAAACUUUUCAUGGGAAGUUAAACUGGGGAAUUUUGGAAAUAUUCCAAAUUGGAAAUUUUCCAUGGGAAUUAUAGGAAUUUAUGGGAAUUUAUGGGAAUUAACUGGAAAUGGGGGGUAAUUUAAACAAACUGUAUCAUAUCAAAAAAUAAAUGUAAAUAUUUUUGCUUUGUCAUAAGCAGACAUCCAUGCAAAAUAAUGCAAUUAAUGGCAAUGAACAGAAAUAUAGUUGGCUGAACAACUGGAAUGGUCUUCAAGAUAUCCGGCAAUUGAUGUAUAAAUUAUUUUAUGGUUACAGAAGAAACAGCAUCACAUUUGAGGUAGCUAUCACCACCAUAAUAAGCUAGAUCCUUAAAUGGUCAAUGAAAUGAAAAAAUAGCUUACAUUUAGCACCUAUUUUUAUUUACUUUCUCCAAGUUAAAUAUUAAUACUAUUAUAGAUCGAAUAUAUUUACCCCAUAAUAUUAUCAAAACUUACUUGACUUUAUAUAGUCUGUGGGCUGAAAUGUCUUGUGCUUUAGGCUCAAAAGUGUGGCCUCCAGGGUUCAAGAAAUCAUCUAUGCAUGUGAUGGAGGAAAGCACAGUGCAUUAAAUCUGGUUGUUUUAGCCAAGAUCAUGCUACAAUAUAUUUUCCCCAACUAUAUUUAAGUGUCCUGUUGAGGGCCAAUUUUGUAAAUUUCGGAUUUAUUCCCGUUAAUUCCAACUUUGAAAAUUCCUGGUAUUUUGCAACCCUACUCAUCUGUGAGGGGACUGCUGAUGCUGCUUGUGGUUUUAUUUAGUUGUUUUUUCACUUUGUGUUAAUUUUCCUUUCAUGAAUCAUAACUUAUAACACAAGCUGUGUGUCUGACCGGAGCCCAAACAUCACUCUGAAACUCAGAGCCUUCAACUUCUUCACCCCUGUGACAGGAAAUGACUACAGCGCCUAACAGGAUGCAGAAAACGUGCUGUUUUGUUAAUUGAGGUCAAAGGUCAGACUGAUGCACCUGUUUGAAGCUGGUAGUGUACAAGUUAUGAUAACUGGAGCUUUUAAGGUUUUACCGAGAACUUAAUUUUGAAGUUCACCGUAGCUCUUAAGGACAUCCAGUAAACUCUGAUAUCGUGGUGAUAAACUGUGAUUGAUCCCACAGGUCAAAGUUCACUGAUAAGAGAUCAAACCCAGGAGUCUGAACAGGACAAAGACUGACAGCAGGUCAAAGACAGAUUGAAUGAAGUCAGGGAAAUCAGUGAUAGGCUGUAUGAGUGUCUGCAAACAGAUGAUAGUGAAGGUCAAUCAACAGCUUCUCCUCUCUGUGUUUUCUCCACAGCUGAACCUACAAACUCUGUGACUGGAUGUGACUCCAGCAGCUGAACUCUGCCAGUGUUGUUGCUCUCCCAGCAGGGGGUGCUAAAGCUCUGCUAUGGAUCCGUGUGAGGUUCCAGAGGAGGAAGCGCCUCUCCCUAAAAAGUCUCUGUGUGAGGACAGUGAAGCUCUGUGGUGAGAUGGAGAUCCUCAUUGUGUGUGCACUAACUGUAAAAUGUGUUAUAGUCAGUGAUGAUGGUUAAGAGCAGUGGAUCUCAAGUCCAGUCCUCAAGGCCCACUGUCCUGCAUGUUUUGGAUGUUUCCCUGCUCCAGCACACCUGAUUCAAAUGAUCAGCUCGUUAUUAAGCCAAUACAGAGCUUGAUAACGAGCUGAUAAUUUGAAUCAGGUGUGUUGGAGCAGGGAAACAUCCAAAACAUGCAGCACAGUGGGCCUCAAGGACUGGACUUGAGAACCACUGGUUUAGAGGAUCCCGGCCAUGACAGAGCUUGAUACUAGGGACUCUGACUCUGCUAGUCUUCAUGGAUUACAGUACCAGCCUUGGUAACAUUUGCUGCUGAAAUACAAACACUCAGAGUCUUUAAUCAUGUUGUUUUAUCAGGAUCCAGCAGCAGAGUGCAGAGUCUCCUGAUCCCAGCUGUUUGUCCUUGAAGAGUGACACAUCCAGAGAACACCCAGAUGUCUUCUUCAAAUGAGAGGACAGUCUCCCAUGAGGAGAGGAUAAGACCUUCUGCCACGACCUACCAAACAGUGAAGUGGAAAUGUGUCUGCUCCCAAACAGUGAUGUGUUCAUGACAUAGGGGGAGGACAGUUUGUGUUUCUCUGAGCUGCAGGUUUUAAAUGAUUUACUAUUUCAGAGAAAUCUAAGCCUGAAAGCAUGAACUUGUCUGAUGACUGUAAAUGUUGUUUUAUCAGGUUGCAGCAGCAGAGAGCAGACUCCUCUGGUCCCAGCUGUUUGUCCUUGAAGAGUAACUGGUCCAAAGAGCAGCCGGAUAUUUUCUUUAAGCGAGAACAGCCUGCUGAUGGGAGGUAAGACCUUCUGCCAUGACCACAGUGGAGGAGUCUGCCAUGUUGUUAUCUAAUGAGUAAAGCUUUAGAGGCUUGUCAUCGUUGGAUCAGCUUUUUUUCCGACACUUUGGUUAUUUCUUUAACAGGAUGCAUCAAAUCUACAUCAAUCGUUUUGUGCAGUUAAAAACAAUUUUAAAGCUCAUUAGCAAUUCACCUCUGAGUCGUGGGGCUGCUCUGCACACUCCUCUUCUUGCUAGCUUGCAGCCUAACAUUACCAGUGUAGUAGAAGUGGCAGGUAACAUAGGACUAUUCAGCUCUCAGACACUAAUGUCUUUGGGGACAUGAUGAAAGCUAGUAUCAUAAUUAGCUUUCUUACGAGCAUUGCAAUCUGCUAACGCACAGGCUUGUUCCGUGAUCGUCCUCUCUGCUUCUCUGAGUCUGGCCUGCAUAGCGGGGCUCCAGGGGGCAUUUCAUUCCCUUUGAACUAUGUGUUGAGUGUCGACUCUUUCUAAUCUUGUCCUGGGGGAAAUCAGAGUCUAUGUUUGAUGUGAAAUCCUGAUCCCAGUGAGAUCUUUUUUUCCAGAGUAAGCAGUGUGAGUCGAACUUUCCAUGUCACUAGAGAAAAAGGCUUGAUGAGCUACACUCAUCCUCAGUUUUGCUUUAUAAUUAACUUGUAGUUAUUGUGUAGUUACUAUAGAAACACCAUUUCAAAAUGUAGCGUUACAAAGUUGAUCAAUCAAAUAUUAAACCUGAUAUUUCGUAGACCUGGUAUAAAAAAUAAUAAGAGCUCCACCUAAUCUCAUCACUGAAGUUAGUGAAUUCUCCAUUAGGGAUCUUCUCCACAUGUGACACAAUUUCAUGAUCAAACAAUGAGUGAACAAAUAAGUAGUGAUCACAGUCAGGGCAGUAAUGGAAAUCAAAGAAUGAAUGAAGGAAUAAAUCUUGAAGCCAAUGCUGCUGUUGACAGUGUUCCAGUAAACAAGUCAGAAAACCAGGAUAGAUGCCUAUUGUUAGCCGUUGUCAGUGGUUGUCAGUUGUUGUUAGUUGUUGUUAGCUAUACCAGUUGUAAAUAACACAUAUAACACAGUAUUUUACUCUCCAAACACCAUAGCACUAUGUUCACAGUUAGACGUUGGGCAGCACAACAUAUACCACUGAUUUAAUUUCACAAACAAGAAAACAGAAGUGCUAAUAAAUAAUACAUUACAAAAGCUUUCACUGUUACUCUCUACUGUUGAUAAACUGUGCUGCCAUCUUGGAUUGUGAUGUUGUCCUUAAGUUGGGGUUGGUGAGGAUCGUCCGACUUUCAGAGUCAGAAAUCCAACUUCCGAGUACAACUGGAAUGCAGCAUUAGCCAUCAUUGUCAUAACCCUGCUCUACCAUCCUCUUCCUCAUCCUCUUGUCCUUCAUCUUUUUUACCAUCCUCUUCCUCAUCCUCUUCUUCUUCAUCUUCUCUCUCUAGUCAUUUUGUUAUGUUUGCAGAUCAAAUGUCCUUUUGUCUUGUGUUUCUGUACAGUUUUCUGCACGAGAGCCCUAAACCUCACAGACAUCAGUGUGUUCAGCAGCAUCAAACCCAACUAGAUUCCAUCUUUAUGGUGAGCUCAUCAAAAUCUUUUAAUAAACUAGACCGGAGCAGAGUUAGUGCUAAGCUAAUAGGUGGUCUGCUUGUAAGACUGUCAAAAAAAUCCCUUUCUGUGUUUGAAUUUUUGUGUCUCUUUCUGUUCCAGGAACUGGAAGAGAAAAUCUUCCUCAUUGUCAAGGGUGAGCUGAAGAGAGCCCAGAAGCUCUUUAGUCCAGAUUACUCAAAUAUUCUAGAGGGUGAGGAGGUGUUAGAUGAAGAGCAGAAGAACACCAGAGAGUCAUUCCUGAAGCUCAUUAUGCCCUGCCUGAGGAGAAUGCAGCAGGGGAACCUGGCUGACUGUUUGUGGAACAGUAAGUUUACUUUGAAUAGACUGAACAUGAUGAAAAGAGAAAACAAAGAUUCAUCCACUCAUCAUUGAUAUCAUUUUUGACUCUUUUCUUCCUUCAGGAACUGUUGUUCCAGUUUGCCGACGAAAAAUGAUGUCUAACCUGAAGAAGAAGUUCCAGCGCACUUUUGAGGGGAUUCCUAAAGCAGGAAACCCAACCCUCCUGAACCAGAUCUACACAGAGCUCCACAUCACAGAGGGAGAGGCUGGAGAGGUCAACAAUCAACACGAGGUCAGACAGAUCGAGACAGUGUCCAGGAAACCAGAGAGACCAGAAUCAACCAUCAAAAAGGAAGACAUCUUUAAAGGCUCACCUGGAAGACAGGAACCAAUCAGAACAGUGAUGACAAAGGGAGUGGCUGGCAUUGGGAAAACCGUCUUAACACAGAAGUGGACUCUGGACUGGGCCGAAGACAAAACCAACCAGGACAUCCACUUCACAUUUCCAUUCACCUUCAGAGAGCUGAAUGUGCUGAAGGAGAAAAAGUUCAGCUUGGUGGAGCUCAUUCAUCACUUCUUCACUGAAACCAAAGAAGCAGGAAUCUGCGGGUUUGAGGACUUCCAGGUUGUGUUCAUCUUUGAUGGUCUAGAUGAGUGUCGACUUCCUCUGGACUUCCACAACAAUCAGAUCCUGACUGAUGUUACAGAGUCCGCCUCAGUGGAUGUGCUGCUGACAAACCUCAUCAAAGGUAACCUGCUUCCUUCUGCUCACCUUUGGAUAACCACAAGACCUGCAGCAGCCAAUCAGAUCCCUUCUGAGUAUGUGGACAUGGUGACUGAGAUCAGAGGGUUCACUGACCCUCAGAAGGAGGAGUACUUCAUGAAGAGGUUCAAGGAUAAGAAACAGGCCCAAGAAAUCAUCUACCACAUCAAGACAUAUGGGAGUAGAAGCCUCCACAUCAUGUGCCACAUCCCAGUCUUCUGCUGGAUCACUGCUACAGUUCUGGAGGAUCUGCUGAAGACCAGAGAGAAGCUGCCCAAGACCCUGAGUGAGAUGUACAUCUACUUUCUCGUAGUCCAGAUCAAACUGAAGGACAUCAAGUGCAACCGAGGAGCUGAGACUGAUCCACACUGGAGUCCAGAGAGCAGGAAGAUGAUUGAGUCUCUGGGAAAACUGGCUUUUGAGCAGCUGCAGAAAGAAAACCUGAUCUUCUAUGAAUCCGACCUGAUAGGGUGUGGCAUCAAUGUCAGAGCAGCCUCAGUGUACUCAGGAGUUUUCACACAGAUCUUUAGGGAGGAGAGAGGACUCUACCAGGACAAGGUGUUUUGCUUCAUCCAUCUGAGUGUUCAGGAGUUUCUGGCUGCUCUUCAUGUCCACCUGACCUUCAACAACUCUGGAGUCAACCUGCUGUCAUCAGCACAAACAACAUCUUGGUUGUCUUACUUAUUUGGAGGAAACAAAGAAACACGCUUCUACCAGAGUGCUGUAGACAAGGCCUUACAGAGUCCAAAUGGACACCUGGACUUGUUCCUCCGCUUCCUCCUGGGUCUUUCACUACAGACCAAUCAGAAUCUCCUUAGAGGUCUGCUGACACAGAUAGGGAGUAGCUCACAGACCAACCAGAAAACAGUCCAGUACAUCAAGCAGAAGAUCAGUGAGGAUCUGUCUGCAGAGAAGAGCAUCAAUCUGUUCCACUGUCUGAAUGAACUGAAUGAUAGUUCUCUAGUGGAGGAGAUCCAACAGUCCCUCAGAUCAGGACGUCUCUCCACAGACAAACUGUCGCCUGCUCAGUGGUCAGGUCUGGUCUUCAUCUUACUGUCAUCAGGAAAAGAUCUGGAUGUGUUUGACCUGAAGAAAUACUCUGCUUCAGAGGAGGUUCUUCUGAGGCUGCUGCCAGUGGUUAAAGCCUCCACCAAAGCCUUGUACGUGCUGAAAUUGCAGUUGUUUUAAAAAAAAAUGCUAUGUUUUAUCGUGAUUACUUGUUCUCUGAAUUUUCAAGUAUUUCUGAUUCCUCAUUAGGUUGAAUGGGUGUAACCUCACAGUGAGAAGCUGUGAAGCUCUGUCUCCGGUCCUAAACUCCCAUUCCUGUUGUCUGAGUGAGCUGGAUCUGAGUAACAAUGACCUGCAGGACUCAGGAGUGGAGUUACUAUGCGCUGGACUACAAAGUCCACACUGUGAGCUGGAAACUCUCAGGUACAUGUACGGCUAUUCGACAAGUUUUCAUUUGAGCUAUUAUUUCCCACACACAUUAAUCGUGGACUGUAACUCCAUCAUCAUGUUUAGGCUGAGAGGCUGCCAACUGACAAAGAAAAGCUGUAAGGCUCUGUCCUCAGCGCUCGGCUCACAGUCCUCCAGUCUGAGAGAGCUGGACCUGAGUAACAAUGACCUGCAGGAUUCAGGAGUGAAGUCGCUGUGUGCCGGACUACAGAAUCCACAGUGUCAGCUGGAAACUCUGAGGUAAGGGUUUUACUGAUCCAACAAGUUUGCCCACAACAAAUUCAUCCACCGUGAGAUGUAUAUCCAACUGACCGGAGGAUUUUUUUUCAGGUUGAGUAUCUGUAACCUCUCAGAGGGAAGCUGUAAAGCUCUGUCUUCAGUCCUCAGCUCAAAGUCAUGUAGACUGAGAGAGCUGGACCUGAGUAGCAAUGACCUGAAGGACUCAGGAGUGACGCUGCUAUCAGAUGGGAUACAAAGUCCACACUGUAGACUGGAAACUCUCAGGUGGGCGAAUAGUUAAAAACAAUGACCACCAAAGCUUUAGACUAGUUCAGAUACAGGUGGGUACUUAUUCAGGUAGGAGUACUGGGAGGGAGAGUCUGUACAGGGAAGUCAUAUAUAUAUGUGUGUGUGUGUGUGUGUGUGUGUGUGUGUGUGUAGUCUUUCAGGCUGUCUGAUCACAGAGGUAGGUUGUGCGUCUCUGGCUCCACAUCUGGGAUCCUCCAGUCUGACACACCUGGACCUGAGCUACAACCAUCCAGGAGAAGAAGGAGAAAAGCUUCUGAGAGAUCCAAAUAUCCAACUGCAGACAUUGAGGUACAGAGGUUCUGUGGUUCUGGUUUCAUGGUACAAAUUGGUGAUAGUGCGUGAAGGUGGUUCAUGUGAAAUAAAAGAUAUUGGGGGUGUAUAAAUAAAAAGUUAACUGUUUUUUUUCUCCCUCCAGUUUGGAUCAUGGUGGACCACAGAGACUGAGACCUGGUCUGAAGAAAUGUGAGUGUGUUAAAGUUUGAUUGAUGAAAACUCUACUGCACAUGCUCAGUAAUGAAUCUUAAUCAGUUACUGAUCUGCAGACUAACCUGAGGAGGUUUAAAUGAAGCUGCUGCCUUCAACUCCACUCCCAUGAAAAUAAAAAAAAGGACUUGUAUGAUGAAACACAGACGUCUGAACUCGAAUACGUCUGAGUUUAAAAGUGGAGGUGAGACAGUAGAUGAUUCACCUCUCCUCUGUGUUUCAUGUUUUUAGCUUGAUCAGUAAAAAUGAUAGGGACAAAAUAAAAAUACCAAGAAUUCUGUAUUUAAUUUUUCUCAUACUGGAUCAAACAUAUUUUGUAGCUUGUAGGUUUCACAAAUCACACAACAUUUGUGAUAGGGGAAUCAAGUGGAUUUCAACUUGAGUCACAAUUCUAGCUCCAAGUGAUCCUUAGGAUUUGAUGACUAAAUCUGAGUCUUUACUGUGCUGCUCUGUUGGACUUGUUGGUCCUGGGAAGCGGGUGAGGCAUGAAGUGAGUUUAACAUCCUAAUAAUGUAACACUAUAAAAUUGUAACAUCAUAACAUUGUAUUAUUGUGACAAAGUAACACUGGAACAUUGUAUUAUGUAAUACUAACAUCAUAAUAUUGUUACACUGUAACAUCGAAACGUCAUGACAUUGUAUUAUUGUAAUAUCCUAACAUUUUAACAUAGUUACAUUGUAACAUUAUGACAUUUUAACAUCGUAAAAUCGCAAUACGGAAAGAUAAUAACAUUGUAACACUGUAACACUGUCAUGUUCUAAUAUUGUAACAUUGUAUUAUUGUAACAUCGCAACACUGUAACAUUGUAGUAUUGUAACACUAACAUUGUACUAUUGUAACAUCGAAACAUCAUAAUAUUGUAACAUCCCAACAUUAUAACAUCCUCAUAUUGUAACAUAGUAGUUACACUGUAACAUUGUAACAUUUAACAUCGUAGCUUCGUAACAUUGCAACAUCAACAUUUUGUAACAUCAUAAUAUGUUCACAUCGUAACAUAGUAACAUUGUAACACCUUUGGUCAGCAGCACACACAGUCUUUUUCCUCCUGUGGUCUCUGCUUUGGUUAGAGUUAUGCCACUCAAAAUGUGGCAUAACUCAGGUAAGAUUGCAUGUGUAACCAAGGGAAAAUAUACUGCUAAUAAGAUGAAGUAGUAGAGACCCUAGGAAAGAGAUCUUGAGACUGAUCUCAGGAUCAAGACUGAUCUGGGAUAUUUCAUCACUAGGUUUAAUAGCUCCAUAGCGCACCCAAGCUUUAAGAUAAAGGAUCAGAGUCUGGUCCCUUACACCAUGAUGCAACAGAUUUGUCUGAAACAUGUAUCCUGUCUGACACGUCAGCUGUUUGUGUGUGUGGUCCAGACUCCAUAUACAGAAUACAGAUACAGUAAACAUGGUUACCAAGGGUCAGUGGGAUCAGCGCCACAUAGUGAACACUCUUAAUAAUGUGUCACAAAAUCGUCUGAGUCCAUCAUGAUAGAUCCGGACUACAGCACACUGAUCCACCUGGACACAGGUGUGCAGACCUGUCCAGUGCUGUCUGCAGCUGUUGUGAGACUUGGACUGUCAGGGCUGUCAGAUAUGAAUCAGAGCUGAAGAUGAAUUAUGAGUCUGAGUUGUUUUAAGUGUUUCUGAAUGAACAGAUGAUAACCUGCAGCUCUGCUGUGUCUUCCUCAGAUGCCUGUGACCUGAACAUGGACACUAGCACAGUGAACAGCAAACUCCAACUGUCUGACGACAACAGGACGGUGACAUAUUUUGGGGAUCAGUCAUAUCCUGAUCAUCCAGACAGAUUCGACUACUGGCCCCAGCUGCUGUGUAAAGAUGGUCUGACUGGUCGCUGUUACUGGGAGGUGGAGUGGAAAGGCAGAGUGGUGAUAUCAGCCAGUUACAGAGGAAUCAAUAGGGAAGGAGACAGAGAAAAAUGUGUCUUUGGAUGGAAUGAUCAGUCCUGGAGUCUGAUCUGCUCUGAUAGAGGUUACUUUGUCAGGCACAAUAACAAGGAAACAAAAUUCCCCUUGUCCUCAGUCUCUCACAGAGUAGCAGUGUAUCUGGACCAACCAGCUGGCUCUCUGUCCUUCUAUAGAGUCUCCUCUGACGUAUUGAUCCACCUCCACACCUUCACCCCUACCUUCACUGAACCUCUCUAUCCUGGUUUCGGGCCCUGGUCUCUGAAUUCCUCCGUGUCUCUGUGUCACCUGUAGAUCAUUUGACAGUCAGAUCUCCAGAUGUGACAAGAGGGCCACUAACAGAUUUAAGUAUGGAGAGCAUCAAUGUCUGAUGGAGAGCAGAAAUAGGAUAAUUACAGAGACUCACUGACAUGAGAGCUUCAGUCUCCGUGAACCUUCAGUCUGCUCAGUACCACACAGAACAUCAGUUUAUACAUUGAUCAAAGCUUUAAGGGGAACAUGCUUGAAUUUUGGUCAGGUCCAUAUUGAACUCAUUUCAGUGUCAUGGCUGAGACUAGCCCACAGCUUUCAAGUAGAGAUAUAUAAUCUUAUGUACUAACAAGGGUUUGAUAUGUAAUCUGUUAUGAUUUGUAGAGGUACUGAGUGUAAUGAUGCCUCUGCCAUUAACAAUUAAUCAAUCUAUCUCCAGUUAUCUACCACCAGUUCAGGUGCCCCUUAAGAGCUGGUCUGGAUCAUACUCUUUAUAUGUGCAGAGUCCAACAUCUGAGUCUCAGUCAGUAAGAUCAGAACCACUUUGAUCCAUCUUAAUCCACCAUAAAAGAAACACUUAUCAAGUUACAGUGGAGAGGAAGAAGUUCCUUUAACAGGCAGAACCCUUGAGCAGAACCAGACUCAUGUUAGACAGUCAUCUACUGAGACUGAGAUGGGUUUGGAGAGGAGAGAGAGGGAGAUGGAGGAAGAGAGAGAUGGACAGAGGAGAGACUGAUAGAGGGAGAUGGACAGAGACACACAGUUGUAUAGUUGUAGUGCCAAAAACAAUAGAACAAAUACAGUAUGUGAGCUAUUUACAAGACUGAAAUCUACAUCAGAACAUUUAUAUAUUUUUAUAUUCUAUGAUUUAAUCAACUAUCCAUCCAAAGCAUGUUUCCGACCAAGAUAACCAUGAAUUUUAUAACAGCUUAUGUUUGUUAUAAUUCAUCUAAUGUAACAUAAUAAUAAUUUGAUGCUAGCAUUGGUUAUCUGCCACGGGCUUCCCUUUUUUUAAAAACCACAUCAGUAUCAGCUGUUCAACAGUUGAUAUCAGGGAACCUGGUUCCUAAUCCUCCUAACACACCUAUGAUCAGUUUUAUGAUCUACACAACAAGACCACUACCAGUGCAAUGUUUGAUGUCCUGAAUUUAAACUAAAGUGACAAAAAAUGCAUUUAAUGGUCUUUAUAGUGCACUUUUAAAAAAAAGUGCAUUUAAUGUCUGUCAUACUUCGCUUUAAAAAAGUGCAUUUAAUGUCUGUCAUACUUCGCUUUAAAAAAGUGCAUUUAAUGUCUGUCAUACUUCGCUUUAAAAAAGUGCAUUUAAUGUCUGUCAUACUUUUAUAGAAGUGAAUUUCAUUUUCCUCAUAGUUCACUUUUAAAAAAGUGCAUUUAACUUUCCUCAUGGUUCAUGGUUUAAAAAAGUGCACUUCUUGAAGGAGGGUUGUGAGCAUAAUGAGAUGAUACUGUAACAAUGAGUACUUGUACUCAACCCAGCCAGUAUAAUGUACCAUUAUGAUUACUGUUGGCAUAUACUGACCCUCACAGCCCUAGAACCAGCCUGGCUCAUGGUUAGAGCUCAGGCUCCUGGUUCUGUACCCUAAAAUGUGUGUGAGCAUUAACUAAGUCACAAAUAAACGCAGCAUGCACUUUACUUAAAAAUAAAAGCCUCUGAUAUGAGUGAAUUCUUUGCUUUGACUUGUGGAGAAUCUGCAGUAAGUUAAAAAUGCUCCUGAUAACACAGCUCUGACUGAAGGGUUGGAAAUUUUUCUGACAACAUGUAAACAUUUAGAUUGUUGAACGGAUGAGACACAAAUGGAGCUGGAUUGAAAUGACAAACUCUAUCUAGAGUCAGCCUUUAGGAGGUGCUGCUGCCUUUACUGAUGAAACACUGGUUCAAGCGCCUCAGAUCAGACAUUAACACUGAUCACUCACUCUGAGUGGAAAGUUUACAAAUGCUUGCCUUAUGAUGAUUCAAUUAAAAAUGAUCACUUAUAAAGUUUUCUGCUUUAAUCUUCAUGUUUGAUGACAGUCUAAUCGAUCUCUGCUGUUUCUGAUCAAACACUUUGAAUUUUUAAUCAGCAGUUAUUAAAUCAAUCAUCUUAUGUCCCUGCAGGCAAAUACAGGCCUUAUUCUUUGAAAAUCCUGUUGCCAUGGUGACAAUCAGACUGGAAGUAGUCUGUUGGGAAUUUUAACUUUCACUUUCUGCUCUAGUGCAGGUCAGUGUGUUUAAGUGAAGGCAAGUCAAGUCCCCUUUUUAUUGUCAUGUUUUUAAUGUCACUUUUUAAUGUUCCUUUUGUGGGUACAAACACAGGAAACCAAUAGGACGUUUCUCUCCAGCCAACAAUAUAAAAAUACAAAGAAUAUAUUAAAAUAUAAUACAGAGCAGUAUAACACAGUUGAAGAAAGAGUGGUUGAUAUACAUUUUUACAGUAUCUACGCACAUCUAUUCACAUGCCUAAUGUGUCUGAAUAUACAUUCUCAUGCUUAUGUUGCUAAAGCUAACAGCACACUCAGGGAGCCGGUAGAGGAGUCAGUGGAGACACAUAAAUCACCACAGACACCCGGAUCUUUAAAGAAACUGUCUUCAGCAGAUGUAGAGGAAGAUGUUGCUCUCUCAGUUAGACAUGCUGUUAUUGUGAAGGCUUUAGUCUGUUUAAUAGAUUUAUCUGAUCUAAUUUAAAGAAGAAAAGGAUCCAUACGUUUCUUUACCUGAGCCUGCAGCCUUUUACAACUGUAGUUUGGUUAUUUCAGAGUCUUUACAGUCAGGUAUAUUAUAAUGACUCUCUACGUUGUUCUCUUACAGGUUUUAAUUAAUGUUAUUUUCUUCACAAAAAGAUGUUUGAAAAAAUUAAAUUCAAAAUGAUUACUACAAAUGAUAUAAAUAAUAUUGUAAAGAUGAUGAUAUGAUUACAAAUAAUAAUAACGAUAAUAGUAAUAACAAAUAACAGAAUAUAUACAAGGUUACAAUGCAUUGUUAUUGUUAUUACUAUUAUUUCUAUUAUUAAUAAUAGUAAUGAUAAUAAAAAAAAAUAAAAAAAACCCUGCAAGGUUACAUGCAUAAUAAUGUCCCCUUUAAAGAAGCCUAAAUCCACAGGAAAACCAGUGUGAGUAUUACCCCUCUUGCUGGAUAUAAUAUGCAACUGCACUAUUACAAAUCACACAUUGGUUUAGUGAGCUUGUGUUUCAUAUGCACAAUGCAUUAAUGUUUUAAGUUGAGACUUUUGCCUCAUUUCUGUUUGAAGUGCAUCAAAGUCAGCGGUCUGAGGAGAAGGAGAGCUGGAUGAGGACAGAAAUAAUCCAGCAGAGGCUUUGUUUAUUUUCCCUGAUGUUACCUUCAGUCGAAAUGGUUGUUUUAAUGAACCGAAACAAAUAAACAGGAUCUGGUCUGAACAUGUCUCUAAAAUUAAAUGUUCAUUUUGUUAACAAUUCAUCCCACGAGGAGGCUAAGCAGAGUCUGUUGCCAUGGAAACGUUACUGACCGAGGAUUCAGACGUACAAUUUUUUUUUUACUGUGUAAAUUAAGUUUUGUUUUCUGACUUUUUGUCUUUAUUUGUGAAAGAUAAGACAGAAAUGAGCAGGAAACAAUCAGAGAGAGGAGAGGUUACAUGCAAUAGAGAGGAAUCAAACCCUGGGCUGACCGCAUGAGGCAUAACCUCCAUAUAUGAGGGUUGAGCUUAAACUGCCAGGCCAGCUAUAGUAAUUCAAAAGCUGAAUCAGAAUUCAGGCAGUGUUUCCACCAUCAAAGACUUUAUUGGAAUGUUUGACGUCCUGUGUUGUCCUCUGGGAUUCAGGACAACAUGCAGUGGACUCUAAGGCAAAAAUGACGGGUAGAUGGAGGUGUCCUUGUUCAUAUGAGUCUGGGGUAAUUCAGACUGACACACUGCUCCUCCUGGGACCGCCUCUGUCGGUGAGGCUGUUUGGGUCGAUUUUCUUUCAACUUUCUUGGAGGGAAUUAAACUUGGAGUUCAUCCAUCAAACUUAGCGUCAGGUCCUGAAGCUGGAGGACGUUUCUGUCUCUUACUCAUCAGAAACAGCUCUGUUUAAAUAACAAACAUGAGCAUCUUAUUACCAUCCAAAAAAAUGUAAGACCCCUCAAAGACAGAAACGUGACACUCAUGAUUUUGUGUUUUAAGCUUUAAACCUGUUUUUACUUGUUCCUCACAGACAGAUUUAGCUCUGCUGACCUUUUUUCCAACAUGUCUGACUCAAAUGUUCCUGCAUCCAGCGUCUAUUUUCCCUAAGUAAACAUUUUAUGAUCAGAGAUGAAGUCAUCCAUCAGCCUAACCUUUCACGUAAAAGGGAAAAGCAAGAAUGCUGCUUGCAGGCAGCAGUGCGUUCACAGACUCUUUGACAGUCCGUCUUUAAAAAGGUCACGGUCCUGCAGAUGACUCUGGAUGCUUAGAUGCCAAACCCUCCACAGAAACUUAGAUGUUUACUCUCUGAGCGACCCCAGGGCUUCACACACCGCUGAUCAGUGAUAGGUCAACACAACAUGGUGAUCCAGGUGAGCUGGAUGACAUCCCUCUAACAGACAGCCUGUCUCUGUGCUUUAGCUCAUCACAUCAUUACAGAAGAAAAGCUGCUUUCCUGGGUUUCUCUAUGAGCUUCAGUUUGACUCACAUUUAUUCUCCUAAUCAGGAUUUGCAGGUUCAUCUCAACAAGCAAGCCAAUCAGUAAGAAGCAUUUUCCCAGUUAUAUUCAGAAAGAUAAUAUCUACUAAUAUCUAUUGAAGCCUUUUGAAUUUCACUUCAGAUGAUUUUGUGUCAUAGCUUAUGAAAAUCUGAAAUCCAGGACCUCACAAUAUUAACACAGAUCGAUCAAAAUAAGUUUGAAAAAAGAAAUGUCAAAACUUUGUAAAGUCAGUCCAGUUCUCCCCUUGGUCCUUGGUCAGGGCUCCUUUCCCAUGACUCCCUGCAUCAGCGUGGCAUGGAGGAGAUCAUCCUGUGGCUUUGCUGUCAGUCUGUCCAUCACAGACCGAUCUCUCACAUUGUCCCCACAGACUUUUCUGUUUUCAGAUGUUUAGAUUUAAUCAGAACAAAACUGUCAGUCUGCACAGUCAGACAUGAACUACUCUUUUAUCUCUUUUGCAUCUUCAUCCCCAUCAUCUCCAUCUCCAUAAUAACCAUCAUCACCAUCAUCAUCUUCAUCAUCACACAUACACACAGACUCCCUGUGAUGCUACAGGUUAUACAAUUCUGGAGUAAACAGAUGUCUGCACAGAAGAGCAGUUAACCUGCAGAUACAGGUGCAGCUCUCUGUGGGCAACCAUUACCAUGGUUACAGCCGCAGCAGAAAUGUCAGGCAUGUGGACACGCACACACUCACACACACACACACACACACACACACACACUCACACACAGAGACAAAGACACACAUGCACUUUGUAACAUGACACAUCUUCAUGAAACAUUCAGAGCUCCUGCUGCACUCCACCUGAAAAAAAGUAUAGAGCCAUUCACACACCUGCAGGAGAUAGAUGGGUGUCAGUGUUUAUUACACAUGUAUGUAAACAUGAAUGUAUGUACAUGUACAUGUGUACAGUUAUUGUGUGUGAGACAUCUAUAUAUUUACAUGUUUGUAAGUUACGUGGACAUAAAUAUUUGUGUGUAUGUGAAAUGUCUAUAUGUUACAAGUUACAAGUUUCAGUUUUAACAAACACCUUAGUGGUACAGCUUGGACACAUCUUCAGUGAUGAACCCAGGGUCACGGGGUGUUUCGGGUCUUGGAUCAUCAGACACCCUCACCUGGGCGACCCAGCCGGGGCUGAUCAGACCCCGACUUGUGUCCAAGCAGCGCACUAAACCAUUUAUCGCCCUUCUUGAUCAAAAGCCACCUAGAGGCUUUCUCAGCUGCCUCACAGAUGUUCUUGGUGGCUUUCCUCUCUUGAGCCCCCCUGAUUCCAAGGAGCCUGAGUGCCCGAUGCAGGCUCUGUCCUGGGAAUCCUCUGCAACCAACCUCAAUGGGCUCACAGCGGGCCCUCCACCCAUUAAGCCUGCAGUCCUCCACCAGUUACAGGUAUUUAGCCUUCUUCCUCUCAUAGGCUACCUCGAUCCGGUCUUCCCAGGGUAUUGUCAGUUCCAGUAACACUACCUGCUUCGAACUCUCUGAUGUUAAGACCAUGUCCGGCCUGAGUGUUGUGCUGGUGAUGUGCUCUGGAAACUUCAAUUGUCUCCCCAGGUCCACCUUCAACUGCCAGUCUCCCGCUGAGGAUAGAAGACCACCUGGGACCUUUGGCUGUGACUGUGGUUUCUCCCCAGCCCUAACGAAUGUGAUGUUAUGCCUUGCUGGAGGCUGGUGCUUGCUUUGCUGGAUCCCAGCACAGAUGGUGUCAGCUACUGCCUUCAGCACCUGGUCAUGGCGCCACCUGUACCUCCCCUCUCCCAGUGCUUUCGGGCAGCAGCUCAGUAUGUGCUCCAGUGUUCCUCUAGCGGGGCAGAGUGGACAUGAUGGUGUUUCUGCCAGACCCCAGCAGUGCAGGUUAGAUGGACUCGGGAGGACAUCAUACACUGACUGGAUCAGGAACUUGAGUCUUGCUGGCUCUGACCUCCAAAGUUCUGACCAGGUGAUUUUCCGAGUUAGUGCAUGGUCCCAAUUGGUCCAAGCUCCUUGCUGGCGCAUGGCCACAGUCUUGCUGCACCGCUCCUCCUCCACCUCUGCUCGGACCUCACCCUGGAUCAUCUGCCGCUUGUCUCUCCCCUGUGCUCUGUCGUAGCGUGGUGUUUUAUGGCAGCUGAGUCCCGCUCGCCCAACCGCCACAGAGCCUAGUAGUGCACCAUGCCGCAACCUUGCCUCUGCCAGCUGGACUGCCUCCUGCGCUCGCCACUUCCUCCCAGUCCUGACCUCUAUGCCUGCAGAGGAGACUCUGGUGUCGGAGGAGUCUCUGUACAGUAACACUUCCCUGGCUCUUGUUACUUUGAACUCCUCUGUCAGACUUGAGAAUGGGAGCUGCAGUUUGUUGGUGUGCCCAUAAAGGGCAAUGCAGCUCAGACUCUUCGGCAGGCCCAGCCAUCUGCGCAGGAACUGGCUGAUGUUUCGCUCUAAGGCCUCCACUGUUGUAACUGGGACCUGGUACAUCAGUAGUGGCCACAGAAGCCUUGGCAGGAUGCCAUGCUGAUAUAUCCAGGCUUUAAACUUCCCUGGGAGGCCUGAUCUGUCAAAGUUCUGUUCAAAGUGACAUGUUAAAAGUAAAAUGUUUAUAUGUAACAUGUUUGUAAUGUUUAUUACACAUGUAUGUAAACAUGAAUGUGUACAUGUGUACAGUUAUGGUGUGUGAGACAUCUAUAUAUUACAUAUAUUACAUGUUUGUAAGUUACGGGGACAUAAAUAUUUGUGUGUAUGUGAAAUGUCUAUAUGUUACAUGUUUCAAAGUAACAUGUUAUAAGUAAUAUGUUUAUAUGUAACAUGUUUGUAAAAAAAACAUUUUUAUUUGUAACAUUUUUCUUAGUAACAUGUUAUAUGUUCACAUGUUACGUGUUACAUGUUUCUUAGUAACAUGUUAUAUGUAGCAUGUUUAUAUAUGACAUGUUUGUAAGAAACAAUUUUACGUGUCAUAUGUUUUUAGUAACACGUUAUAAAUAACUUGUUUACAUGUAAUGUUAUUUAUAAUAUGUUGAUACUCACCAUGUUAGUAAGAAACAUUUUUAUAUGUAAAAUGUUUAUUAGUAACACCUAUUUUGUUUCUGUAAUAAAGACCUAACCCAGUGCUGUUCCUGCUCUGACAGGGUGGACAAGCAAGGCCCUCCCUGUUUGCACAGGGUGGACAACCCUAAUGCUGACAGGGUGAACGGCAUUAGAGUUCUUCUGCUCUGAGUUGGUGACUGACUGGGAAGACACAGUUGCCAAGGUUAGUCCCUCAAUCUCAGUGACACCUGUGGAGAAGUUAUAUUUGGUGGUAUGGUUCUGUUCUGAAAGCUCCCUGUCCUUCACCAUGAAACAGAGACAGCACACUUACCUUCUAUUUCGUGCAUACACACGUAAAGUCAAGGCAGGGAGAGCAUCAGCAAAGACACUAGUAAAAUCAGACAUACUGCUUUAGAAAGUGGGGGAGCUGGGAAGGAGGUGGAUUCAAAGCUCUUUGCUCAAGAAGCAGGUAUAGUUGAAAAUCUCUAAACAUUUUACAUUUGAGCUGAUGUCAACAGGUGCUCAAAUCAGCUGACACACUGUGGGUGGAGCACAAACUUUUCGUCUUGCCUAAACUAAAUCUAUUCUUGACUCAAAUUUCUUUGAUUAUUAGCUUUAACUAUUCUGUAAAAAAUCACAUUGAUCAGUGAUAAACAGCAUGGAAAGAUCUGAGUGGUUUAAUAUUUUUCUGUACUGCAGCAUGUUCUAGAGUCAGGUCCCUCUAAAGCAAGCUGCUCUCUGACUGUGUCUGUGUUUCUUCCUGUGAUCUUCUGUCUUUAUACUCGCUCUCUUUCUCUGCCUCUAUCUGCAUUAUUCCCACUGAACCAUUCGUAUGCCAAGUGUUCCUCUUCAAUUCGUCUGAUCUCCACUCUGCAUCUCAUUAUCCUCCAUCCCUCUCUUUUUCUCUCUCUCUCUUUCUAUUUUGUCUAUCUCUGUCCAUUUUCUCAUCACCAUCUCUCCUCUUAUCUCACCUCAAGAUACAUCUCACCGAGCCGAGGACUUAGAGGAAACAGGGAGAAGAGAGCGAGGGGAGGCUGAAACAGAGAGGGAGGGAGAGAAAGAGUGGGUGAGGGAAAGGGAGAGAGAAGAAGAGAGCAGGAGAGAGAGAAAGAGGGGGAGAGAGCGGGAGAGAGUGGAAGAAAGCAGGCGAGAGAGGAGAGGAACAGAGAGAAGGAGAGAGAGAUAGAGAGAGAGCAUGUGAGUGAGGAGCAGGAUCGGAGUCUGACAGCAGCUCAGAAUGAGAGCGCCGCAUAAACAGACCUCAGAUCAGCCGAGGAUGACAGAGUGAGAGAGAGAGAAACAGAGACAUAGACGGAUAGAGAGACAGAGACAGAGGGAGAGACAGAGACGGAGACAGAGACGGAGACAGAGAGACACACUCCUGCAGGAGGACACACACUGAAAACACACAACAGGACAACACACCUGUCUGCUUUAUCUUCUUACUGAUGGAGAGAAGGAAGAGGAAGAGGGAGUCUGCAGCCGCAGAGAGACGGUAAGACACAUGCACACAGGCAUGCACACAUACACACAUACAGUACAUACACACAGAGUAUAUCUACAUUUCAGCAUCCGAACCUGAGGUGGUUUUUGAAAGCUCACCAGUCUCUCUGAGUUGAUCUGAACUCAUGAAGCUAUCCUAGAACACUUGUACCCGGUCUUGGGGGGCCCAGCGGGUCAUUAACAUAUUCAAACUGCAGGUUUGAUGCCAGCUCCUGCUGUCUACAUGUUCAAGUGUCGUAAGUCAAAGGUUUUAGAGAUGUGCAGAGAGAUCAGGAAACGAAGCUGUGAGCUGAGCUCAGAGUGUUUCUGCAGAUUCAGAUCAAUCAAACUAAAAACAUCUGCCUCCUGUUACAGAUUCAGAGCAAAAAGAGAGGACACAGAGCAGGCAGACCAGACUGCAGACACAGAGCAGACCAGAUUGCAGGCACAGAGCAGAAAGCAAACACAGAGCAGACCGCAGACACAGAGCAGACUGCAGACACAGAGCAGACUGCAGACACAGAGCAGACCGCAGACACAGAGCAGACUGCAGACACAGAGCAGACAGCAGACACAGAGCAGACAGAGAGCAAAUAG